CUCCCCGACCGAUUUCACAAUGCUUAGGCUAGUAGCCUGACACACUUUUCCUCGAAUCUGGUGUCGCGGCGCGCCGCUGGUCGCUUCUUUUCCGUCCAGCGGCAUGAUAACCGCCGUUCGCCGCCGCGAGAGAGAGAGAGAGAGAGAGAAUGAGCGCGCGCUGGGAGGAACAGAGGGCACGAGACGGGUCCGACAUCGACAUGAUGAUGAUGGGGCUCGAACAGCAGCGCUGAGAACCUCUCUCUUUUUGUGUGUGUGUGUGUGAGAGAGAGAGAGAGUGUGUCGUACACAUCACAUACACGCGAAGAAGGGUAGUAUUUGGACGCUGUUUUAAGAUAAUUGCAUGUAAACAGUGGCACGAGAUCCCUUGUUGUUGUCUCAGCCAGAAUGGACACCACUGGCCUUUCUUUCCCCUUCCCACCUACAUUUAUUCUUGCGGCUCUUGCUGACCUCUCUUCAGCCGACACGUGUAUCGUAUUCGUCCUGGUGUUCAGUGGCACACGGUCCAGCUGUGGAGCAGGGACGGUACUGCUGCGCUGCGCACCCACGCCACGAGGGGCCUUUUUGGGGCACAGAGCUCAGGGGCAGCCAUGAGCAUCAUUGGAGCAGAAGAUGAGGACUUUGAGAAUGACCUGGAACCUACUGUGGAUGACCAGUGCAGCCACUUUAACAGUAUUGAGCUGGUGAAGACACGACCCACCCACCUGCUGGUCUUCCUUCAACAUGUCAUGCUGCAGUUUGAUUGUGCACCCUUGCUAUGCUACCUCCAUGCAGACCUCUUCAAAAACUACAGUGCCAAAGAGACCAAAAAGCAGUUUUUGGAUUUCUACAACACCUUCCUGGACAAGGGGGCAAUUCUUAGAGUACCAGUCCCCUCACAUGUUUCCUACGAGUUGGACCGCACUCGUCCUGACCUGAUCAGUGAAGAAGUACAGAAACGUUAUGUUCAGGAUAUUCAGGUCAUGGUAAUACCCGAGGUCAUAAUGCAGCUGGAAGACUUCAGAACAAAGAGGAUGAUGGGAAUGACCCGUCAUGAGAGCGAACUGUUGGAGGUGGAGUCCCACCAUGCCACCGAGAGGAUCCCCACUGAGAUGAAGGAGAAGGCUGUGGCGGAGACCCUGCUGGACAGGAUGGCUGACAGCCAAGCCAGCGUCAGCACAGAUGAGGAGAAGUUCUCUGCCAUCUUUGGUGCAGUGGCUUCAUACAUGAAGCAUCUGGGGGUGAAGACCAAGACCACUGACAACAAGAAAUCUAAGGGCUUCUUUAGGAAGAUUCCUGGGAUGAGAAAAAACCAGAUGUUCACUGAAGACUCUACCAGGUCCAAGCAGAGAUUUCCCAGCAUCCUUGAUCCAGUACGCAGGAUAGGUGGCGGCAAUGAAAAAACGCCUAAAUUGGACACUGAAGGUGAAAAGGAGAAAGUACACCCUGAACGAAAGCUCUCUACUCCUUCUCGCUCUAUGGGGUCAGACCCUGCCCCCAGCACCUUCCCAAUCAAGAAACCAGUAUCUAGUGGAGCUGUAGGAGCCUUCCAGGUGACAGAUGGGAAUGAUGUGUCAGGGGUUAGCAUCAGUGUAACCUCCAGUCCAGAUUCUUCUCAGAGUGAGACAGGCCUUACCAGUCGUUCAGACCCCCCUUCAGCAUCAGAAGGUGGGGAAGUAUCACCAGCUGAGAAUGCCAUGAGCUCCAUCAGUUUGGAACUCACUGCUUCAACGGACAUCCCACCUGAAGAAAGCCAGGACAAAGACAGACGCAAGACAAGGAUGUCAGGGCGUCUGGCUCGCAGCGAGAGUCUGUGUGUGGAGAGGAGACGCUCACAGCGAGGUGGCUCUGGAAGGGCCAAGCAGUCCCGCUCCCGCAGCGACGUGGAUCUGCAGGCGGCCUCCACUGCUGCGCAACCCCCCUCGCCCUCCCAGCCACACACCCCUCUCAGUGAUGGCGGUGCAUCUGCCUCCAACAGCUCCCUUACUGGCUCAGUGGUAGGCCCUCCCCCCCCACAAGAGGAGGUGGACCCUCGUCUUCUGGAGCUGGAGCAAGAUCCCCCCAACUGGAGAGAGCAGGUCCCCAGUGCUGAUUUCCAAAGCCUGAGCAAGAAGGAGAUCAAGAGGCAGGAGGUUAUCAACGAGCUGUUUAUCACAGAGCAUGCCCACGUCCGCAUGCUGAGCGUACUGCAGAUGGUGUUCUUCCGCCCAAUGGAGCACACAGAGAUCGCGAGCCAGCCAGAGCUGGCUACCAUCUUCCUCAGCCUGGACGACAUCUUCGAAAUGCACUAUGCCUUCUAUGAGAACUUGAAGAAGCUGCGACAAGAUGACUACAUAGUGAAAACAAUAGGAAAAACGCUUCUCAACAGGUUCAGCGGAUCAGAGGGUGAUUGGUUCCAGAAGCUCACUGCCCGGUUUUGCAGUCAUCAGUCCUAUGUUCUGGAUGAAAUUAAAACCAGACAAAAGAGGGAUCCUCGCUUUGGUGCUUUCAUACAGGAAGCCGAGGGCAAACCUCAGUGCAGGAGGUUGCAAUUGAAGGACAUCAUUCCUACUGAGAUGCAGAGGCUGACAAAGUAUCCACUGCUACUGGAGAACAUCGCCAAGAGCACAGAGGACCCAGAAGAGCGGGAAAUGGUUCAACAAGCCGCAGAUAGCUGCCGUAAGAUCCUCAACCAUGUCAAUGAAGAGGUGAAAGAGAAGGAGAACCUUCGGAUGCUAAAGGAUUACCAGCGCAGACUGGAUACAUCUGGACUGAAGCCCAGCAAUGAGCUACAUCAGGAGUACAAGAAUAUCGACUUGACUCUGAGGAAGAUGAUUUUUGAGGGACCUGUCACCUGGAAAGUCACUAAAGAGAAGUCUAUAGAGGUGCAGUGUCUCCUGCUGUCUGACUUGCUGGUCUUGCUGCAGCGCCAGGAUGACAAGAUGUUGCUCAAAUGCCAGAGCAAGAACCACUCUGGGGUACCAGAAGGCAAGCAGAUGCUAAGUCCCAUCAUCAAGCUGAGCUCGGCCUUCCUCAGAGAGGUGGCUACAGACCCAAAGGCCUUCUAUGUCAUCUUUACCUGGGACAGUGGAGCACAAAUCUAUGAACUGGUGGCCAACUCAGCAGCAGAUAGGAAGAAUUGGACGGAGCUCAUCAAAUCCGCAGUGGAAGAACUUAAACUGAAUGGGGGUACCAGCCUGGAGAGGAGGAAGACUGCUGUUUCAGUAUCAGGCAUUGGAGGGGUACCUUUCAGUCCAACCACUUUGCAGCCUCCACUGAGCCUUGCAGAGAAUGGAAGCGGGGCUCGGAAUGCAAACACUGAUAAUGAUAAGUUUGAAGCAAAAGUUGAAGAGCCUCGUCAUACAUUGAUUGAUUACUUGUCAGCCAAUGGCUUUCAACUGCUGUGUCAUGGCAACGCACCACAGGAGAAGGUGGCCAGUGGGGCAGUGGAAGAAGUUGCUGCCCUGAAGAGGCUAUUUGUGGGAAGCAGUAGGCAAUCCGAGGUUCUGCAGGAUGCAGAGAACCAUGGAGAUGUGUCCAAAAAGAAGGACCCUGAUAUCGAUACUCAGUCACUGGCAGAGGGUGAUAGUGUUGAUGAAAAGACUGAAGCAGAAAGUAGAGAGGAAGAAGAUGGAGAGCAAAAGGGCAAAGAGGACAGUAGCACGGGCACCCCCAUGGUGCUGUCAAAAGACACGAUGGCAGAGGUGCUGAGCAGGCUCCAGAGCCUGGAGCAACAGAUAAAACAGUUACAGAGCGUGGAAGAAGAGCACCACAGGUUACAAGAUGUUCUUUGCAAGUUUUCCAUUUCAGGAGAUAACUUCCAGUAAAGGUCCUUUGGUGGAUGCCAGCCACACCCCGAUCCUUUCUGAUCCCUCUUCCCUUUCAGAUCACUGUACGUGUUUUGCUGGAGUUGGAGGGCGGAGCAGUUCUUUCAGUUUUUCCUCUGUGUUUGAGUGCUGAUCCGAUGCUCCGCUGGAGUUGGCAGUAGCUCUUUUAACAAGCACAGAACUUUUGGUCAUGCUGGUGUGUUGGGGUGGGGAAAUGUAUGUACAAAUCUGGAUGUUGAGUCCCUCCCCCCAAAAGCCUUUGUGUGGAGGAGUAAUGUUUCAGAAAACAGGUGCCAAAGACGGGAGCUGUGCUGUGUUGUAGGAGAGAGACUACACUGUGCUGAUAAACAACUGUAAUAACACACAUGCACAAAUACACGUAUAUAUUUUUUAAGUCAAGCUGUAGUGGUGGUUACAGCUAUGGAUGCACAAGUAGAGAAAGAUGCUUCUUAGAGAGCAAUAAAACGUUAUUUACCGAUGGCCAUGCCAUUAGUAGUAUCAGUAAUGAAAUUACCUGAUAUCACUUGGCAUCUUUGCAAAUGAAAUCAAAUUAGAACUGAGUAAACCAAACUGUAACUUUGACAUCUGUAAUUAUUGUCAUAGUAUUUUUAUCGUAGUUUAUAUAUACCUAAUUUAGUCAGCUGCCAAUAAGUGAAAACAAAUGUGUGCAGGAGUGUUAUAUGGUGUAAUUUAACAAUGGGGAAACUUCCAAUUUUUAGUAUUUAAUUUGCAAUCAAACGUGGGAAUCAUGAAAAUUCUGAAGAUUCUUUAAAACAGCGGUUUUUAAGAUUUUUUUUAAUUAUUAUUUCAGGGAUCAGCUCUCUCUAUAACUGUUUUACAGAAAAAUGAUUUGUGUGAGUGGGGGGUGAGUGAAAGAUGGUCUUUUAGAAAGAAUUA